CCAAUAAUGGUUGCUCUCAGUCUCUGGUCUUCCCUCUUCUCCCUUUGUAUGUUUAAUCCAAUGGACACCGUGGCAGGCUGGCAGCCCUAAGGGUCACGAAGACGACAGUGACAUCGUCGGUGCUUUCUUUUUCCCAGACUUCGUGACCAUUAGUAUCCACUAGUAUCCUUCGUUCGCAUUUCUCCUCUGUUCUCUCCGGCGCCUCUCAGCUGUCUGAACUGAUUCAAUUUCCGACGAAUUGAGUGUCUGGUCGGGAUAUUCCCCAUAAUUGAAUCGAAAGUUGAUCGCUUUUUCCCUUUUUGGUAUGGUUGAUUCGGUUGGCAUUCGGUCGGAGCAGUGAGGUGGAGUUUUUGAAUGCUGAGGGAGAAGCUGCGACGUGUUUGAAAUGAGCUGCAGUGCAUGAUGAGGAAGGUAGCGAGGAAAGUUGGGAAGUAUGAGGUCGGCAGGACGAUCGGCGAAGGGACUUUCGCCAAGGUUAAGUUCGCUCGGAACAUGGAGACUGGUGAAAGCGUCGCCAUUAAAGUGAUGGCCAAAUCCACCAUUCUCAAAAACAAAAUGGUCGACCAGAUUAAAAGAGAGAUAUCGAUCAUGAAGAUUGUCAGGCAUCCUUAUAUUGUUAGGUUGCAUGAGGUUUUGGCAGGUCGGACGAAGAUAUAUAUCAUUCUUGAGUUUGUUACUGGAGGAGAACUGUUUGAUAGAAUUGUUCACCAAGGAAGACUUAAAGAGCAUGAGGCAAGGCGAUACUUUCAACAGCUUAUAGAUGCAGUGGAUCACUGUCAUAGUAAGGGUGUGUACCACAGAGAUCUUAAGCCUGAAAACCUUCUUCUUGAUGCUGCCGGGAAUUUGAAAGUUUCUGACUUUGGAUUGAGUGCGUUGCCUCAGGAUGGUGUUGGUCUUCUCCAUACUACCUGUGGUACACCUAACUAUGUUGCCCCGGAGGUGCUGAGACCAAGGAUAUGAUGGGGCAGCUGCUGACAUAUGGUCAUGUGGAGUAAUCCUCUAUGUUCUGAUGGCUGGAUAUCUUCCAUUUGACGAGACAGAUCUUCCAACUCUGUACAAGAAGAUAAAUGCUGCAGAGUUCAGUUGUCCUUUUUGGUUUUCUCCGGAGGCAAAGGCCCUGGUAGAUAAGAUACUCACUCCUCAUCCGAAAGAACGCAUAAGGAUAAAUGGAAUUAGAAGAGAUCCAUGGUUUCGGAGGAACUACGUGCCUGUGAAACAUACUGAAGAAGUGGAAGUGAAUCUGGAUGAUAUUCGUGCAGUUUUUGAUGACAUCGAGGACCAAUAUGUAGCAGAGAAAUCAGAAUGCAGCGACACUGGACCAUUACUAAUGAAUGCCUUUGAGAUGAUUACCCUUUCCCAAGGGCUAAACCUAUCAGCAUUGUUCGAUAGACACCAGGACUAUAUAAAGAGGCAGACUCGUUUUCUAUCCCGUAGACCAGCAAAGGAUAUAAUCUCAUCAGUCGAAGCAGUUGCUGUCUCACUCGGUCUCAAGGUUCAUACACGUGGUUACAAGGUCCGAGCUUUUCUGAACGUACCUCUAUUUUCCACGAGGCUUGAAGGAAUGUCAGCGAAUAAGACAGGCCAUUUGGCAGUAGUGUUGGAGAUCUACGAAGUCGCACCUUCACUGUUCAUGGUAGAUGUCAGGAAGGCAUCCGGGGAGACUCUCGAGUAUCACAAGUUCUACAAGAGCUUCUGUGCGAAGCUCGAGGAUAUCAUAUGGAAGCCAGCAGAAGGAGCAAACUCGAACCUGCUUCGGACCAUAACUUGCUAAUCCAGACUCCAGAGUGGGGAAAGGUUUCUCUGGGCUUCAAGCAAAGCUAGAAUAAAACUGUAAUUAAUCUCUCUCUACAUGUUGGUUCGAUCUUGAUUUUUUGACAGCCAUGUAUCGUCGUUGUCUGCAUAUAUCACUGUGUACUUACAAAGGGUUACAGAAACUGUAGUCUAUCAGAGAUGGUAAUAUUGAGCUCUGGGUUUCUAGUAAAUUUGCUCUGUAUUUUUUUUUUUUUUUUGCAUUUCUAUUUUUUUUUUUUUUGUUCAUAAUGAUUAUUACCAG